CAGUGCUUCUUUGUUAAGAAGAUAGCGGAAGCGGAUGCUGGCAUGUCGCUGGUCUGUUUUGUUUGGAGUGCUAAAGUGCCAGAGCAAAGUGGAAUGGGAGUCUUGUAUAACAUAAUAUGAUGCAUUAUUUUCUUUCAAUUAAUGUGUGAAUGUGAUGAUGGCUACCCGACAGUCUUUCACAGACUCUGACACUGCUGAUGAAGCAGUGAGAGCGACUUGUGAUGAUGCGUCGAUAUGUAAAAGGUUUGCAACCAGUAAAGGCUAUUGGAAGGACCCAUAUAUCCAGUACUUUGUGAGACAGAUAGGUGAACGGAAGGCUCCUGAGAUCAACAGAGGAUACUAUGCCCGUGUACAUGGGGUCAGUCACCUCCUGGAUUCUUUUCUCAGAAAGACAACGUGUGACUGUCAGGUAGUAAACCUUGGUGCUGGGCUGGACACUACUUUCUGGCGACUGAAGGAUGAAAACCUCUUGCCUAAAAAGUACUUUGAAGUAGACUUCCCAAUGAUUGUUGCCAGGAAGUUACACAACAUCAAGACAAAACCUCCCUUGUCAAAACCUAUAAUUGAAAUGCACUCCACGGAUUCACUAUUAAUAGAUGGCCACAGCCUAGACUCAGAUAGAUACUGCAUCAUCGGUGCAGACCUCAGGGACCUUCCUGGGCUAGAGGACAAGCUUAAGAAGUUCCAGAUGAAUCCAGAUUUGCCGACAGUGUUCCUCUCAGAGUGUGUGCUGGUGUAUAUGACUCCUGAGCAGUCCACUAAACUGGUGCACUGGGCAGCCGACACUUUCCCCACCGCCAUGUUUGUCAACUAUGAACAGGUGAACAUGGCAGAUCGCUUUGGACAGGUUAUGAUUGAGAAUCUGCAGAGGCGCCAGUGCAACUUGGCGGGAGUUGAAGUGUGUCAGUCUUUGGACUCUCAGAAAGAACGGUUCCUGUUAUCAGGUUGGGAGAAUGCGGAUGCUCUGGACAUGAUGACUGUGUACGGUGUGCUUCCCCAGGAGGAUGUGGCCAGAAUGGAGCGGCUGGAGUUCCUGGAUGAGAAGGAGCUCCUGCAGCAACUGCUGCAGCACUACUGCAUCUGCUGGGCUGCCAAGGACAGACUGAAAUUAGGACUUUCUCAAAUUGCAUUUUAAACCAAGGAAGGACUGGCAUUGUGUAGUGAAGAUGAGUUCAGUGAAGAUGGGUCAAUGUGCCAUAAGCCAACAACCCUGGAAAUCCGGAAGAAAAAGAAACCAUAUCGACUGCUGAAUUAUUGUUCCUUUAUGUGGCUUUAUUAAAAUGUGCUUACUACAAGCAAAAACAUUACUCCAAGCAACAGCGUUACUACAAGCUACAAGUUGUAUUUGCUUUCAUUGUAUGUGUGCAUGGCAUACAGUGACUUUUGAAAAGACAACUUUUCUAAUAUGGUAGAACUGUCUACAAGAUACCUUCAUCAACCAUAUCAUCCUGCUUCAUUAACUCUAUCUUCAUUUCAAAAGGUGCAGUAGUACAAUGCAACAAAUAAUUUCAAUAUUUUUAGCUUACAAUAGCACAUUCAUAAGUCACUUCAGCAUGUGCCUGUUCAGUUGACAGUUUAGUUUUACCCUGAUUGAUUUAUUAAAAUAUGUUGCAAAUGCA